AUGUCUGAAAAGAACACUCUCAUCGACAUAUUUCACCAUGUCGCCUUGGCCCCCCAGCUUCCUGGAAGUCCAGACACAGAGCCGCAGAAAGUUGGCUACGGCCUCAUCGAACGCCUACGCAGGGCCGUCAGAAACCUUCGCCACUAUGCUGAAGAUGACACAACGACUGUCUGGAAAAGCCUUCAUGAGACUCUGAAAGAGUGUCGUGCGAUUAACGAUGGCAGGGUCCACAAGGCAGCUUUGGUGAGUGCGUUCCAGAGGCUGAGCCCAGAUCACCCUAUCAUCGUGCACGUCGUCGAACACAACGCAGCCCUCCUUUUCCAUCAAGCUCAGGACGAUACCAGUGUGACCGUCGAAGCCUUCGAAGCCUCACCAAGUGCCGAGCCCACCAUUGCGGCGCCCGGUGCGCUACAGUGGGAUUUCCCCGGGGUGGCGAUAUCACUAGACCAGGCAGAAUUUGACAAGCCAUCUCUCCUAGAAAAUAUGGGGGAAUUCCUGGAGAGAGCCAGUACAGAGCCCCUCGACGAGUUUGCGCCAAAAUCACAAAAGGCGGGCGUCAAGGUGACUGAAACAAGAGACACCAUGGAUCCGGACUUGAUCACCGACUUUCUGAUCACAGUACUCGGCGUGAAUGGCCGUCGAACCCAGCCAGUCCUCCUUCGCAAGCGCAUCAAAGACGAUCCCUCUAUGGCUCGUGCUUCGUGUCUGCCUCCAACGCCUGCUGUACUUGCGCUGGGCAGUGAAUUGGGUCGCGUCUACUACAAGUCCCUGCUCUGUGUACUUCUAGCAGAUCUACUGAGAGACCUCGUGGAAUCACGCGCGGUGGGCCCGGAGCAAUGGAGCUGGUUGAGGGCCAAACUUUGCCGUCGCCUCACCAAGCUGGAAACUAUGAAGGAUUCUCUAUGCCCAGAGUCACAGGCUGCCUAUACCCGACUCGCGAACCACCUGGAGCCUUUCUACACGGAGCAGAUUGAGAUUGCGAGCAGUGGCAUUGAGCAGGAGUGGCAUGACUUUAAGAAGAACUUCCUGCGUAAAGUACCAAAGCUACCACUCAGGGCUGGGGCAGCAGAGAUGCACCUAAGUCUACCCAACAGCAUAAUCUAUCUCCGCAAUAUCCUGCAACAGCCUCAUGAUGGUAAUCCGAGGUCCCGCAACACGAAUCUUGUCCACCCGGCGAGCAAGGCGAGCGCAGAUAUGACGGACGAGAUUACCACAUUGUUCAAGGUUUACUCAUCCCUAGCUGAGUUGGAGCAGUCAAUAGAUUCCGGUGAAUGGAGGGCUCCAGCGGCUGGCCUAGUUCAGAGCAUCGGCGCUUGCACUAAAAUUGCCGACAGAAUCGAGGACUAUCUUCAAAGAGUUGCGGGCGCCUAUGACAGAGAUCCGGAGCAAUUCAGCCUCUUCAUCUUGAACAUAUUUGAGCUGUGGUUCUAUAUGGACAAAUGCGCGACCGUCGGCUACCCGCUGCUUCUCGAGUUCCAUCCGGUAUUCCGCCCAGAGCUACUUGAUGUCUUGCUCCUCUCUAGACGAACCGACCUAGACCGUCUGCAUGCGAUUCAGCUCCAUCUUCAUGAAAGAUGCGCGACAGUAGCUGACUCAAGCGUGUCAAUCUUUGCAGACCCGGCUCCGGGUUGCUUUGCUGAUCGAUACAUGGAGCUCGACGUCGGGAAAAGCUUGAGAGAACUACAGAAAGCCAUUGAAGAUGCAUCUCAGACUUCAAGCCAGAGAAAGCUAAAAGAGCUCCAGAAAGUGAAUAGAGAGUUCGAAUUUUUGACUACGGAGUGGUCAUCAAGUGACUGUACCCAGCGAAAGAACCCUGACGGUACUCAUGAUAUUCGCGAUUGCAGUCACUGCUACUACUAUCGAAGUCGAAAACGUCUAGAGAUCAGCGCUCAUGAAGCGUAUCUGCCUUGCGACGGAAAGAUGGCCGAAAAAAGAGCCAUUGUUUUUGAGUUGGAAAUCCCCGAAGCAUUUGCCGCCUACCGCAGUGCUACGUGGCAUCUCAUUGUUCGAUUUGGUCCUAAACUAGCCUCACCGAAUGCAAUGGCACCGAUGAAGCUGCUGAGUGAGUACGCGAAUCUUUCCGGAUACUUCAGAGAGAAUGCACUCCGCGGAGGGUUCUCUCUAGCCUCGCCUACCAAGUCGUUCUUGGAUACCCAUUACAAAUGGCGGCAAUUCCCAAUCGCCGAGGAAAGCGUGCUGUUUCCGUCGGGUUUGACCUUCAAGUACUAUGAUAAUCAAGUAUGGGGAGGGGACUUGCCAAAAACACUCACAUUUGCGCAUCACUUUGCCCUUGCCCUCCCAUCAAAUCUUCCCCUUGCACAGCUGUACUCUUCAUCAAGUUUCGCUCCGGACGGACCAGGGCCUUCGUCAUAUGAAGCUCUUGCGGAAUCACGGAAGCGUCCUUCUGCAGUGACCGUCCAUGAGUUUCUCGCACAUCAGAGCUUGAUGGCCGGCAAGCAACGUCGGUGGAUUUCGAUCCUUUCUGAACUCGGAUCGUCGAACAUCAAUUUCAGCGCGCACGAAACAAUGGCCCUUCUGCAGCAUCUCGCCUUGCAGGCUGGCCCCUGGCAGCAGGGAGAAUCUUUGAGAGUCAUACAUUCUGUCUUCCACGAAGCCGUCUUCUGCAAGCGACUGAUUCAACAAAUUGAUCAACACGUUUCGUUGAUCACCUCGAACUGGCGCGAGGUCAUGUACAUGGAAACGAUGCUGACUUUGACGAUGCGAGUGUGCAGCCUGGGGUGUGAUGAAGUGUCAAGAUGCGCCAACGAACUGCUGCUAAAGAUCCGCAGUGUGACGCAUCGUUGGAUCCACCACCUACGCAACGAAGCACGCAAAGCUGUAGAGGUCGAUGUCGCGGACAGAACAGCGCGAUACUGCUUCUUGGCCGCUCUCCUCUGUCGCCGCACAUUUGAUCGAACGACUAGCGCCUCAAUUGAUGCGGCCUCCACUCAAACAUGGACUGAAGCCACACUUUCCAUGCAGGAAAGCCUGGUCAUAGAUGCGAGUAGUUUCGAUGCAUUCACUCGGAGGAUGCUAGUCCGCGACAUCAAGAUGUCCAAUCGACUGUGCCAGGUGAUUCAGUUCGCGGUCAGGUGGUAUCCCUCAAGCGUGAAUGCAGCCAUCGACAGAGUAUGGUUCAGUGCGCGUGAGGGACAACAUACUAUCUGGCAGCAAGAAGAAAAUGGCUGGAUAAGUGCCACAGCCUGCGGUGCUGAUGAAGAGCGAGAUCAAUAUCGCCGGCUCCACAUCCUGGAAGGCCACUUCUUGAUCGACGGCAAGCCUCUGGGGAAGCUCCCAGCCGACAUCCGUAACUCAGAUGUGCUCAAGGAACUGUUCGGCAACGAGAGACUCAGUGCUUUCCCAUCGAGUCUGCCCGGGAUGAGUUAUAGACUGGCGCUGGCUAGGAACGGCUAUGAGGUUCACUUGGGUUACCGAGGUCAGGACCUCGUGAUCUGGGCCUGCAAGGAGAGCCAAACUUUGGAGCAUGUUCCUCGGUCUGUGUUUGGUAGUGGCACAAAACCGGACUUACCAUACUCCUUACUUCGUGACUGUGUGCACUGGAUCAAUAUCAAAACGGGAAUCCUCCAGGCGAGGCGUAUACCACAAAUCUGGAGAGAGAGGCCGGGCGACUGGAAGAUCAACAUCCGAACCCAGCAGGCUAACCGACGCAAGUCAUAUCUGGUUGACCCCCGUUCGCAACUCGCAAUGACGAUAGCUAGCAUUUUCACUCAUUUCGAAAAAGCCGCAGAGCUGACAAUCUAUCAACCGCCGCAAGCCAUGCUCUCGGUCGAGUUGAAGGCAAUGAACCUCAGAUUCUAUGUCAACCAGAGACAGCGCCUGCAGUGCACUCAAUUGAGCGCAGAGAUUGACCCCAAUCAAGACGCUGGUACACUUUAUGGACUCCAAAGUAUGCUAGUACUUCGAAAUAUCUACAAUCGUUCACAGCGCAGUAUCAUUGUUCCCGUGGGCAGCAUCAAAAUCGAGCGCCAAGGCAUACAUGUUUUGGUCAAGAAAGAGAACAAUGGGAACUAUGGGAGGUAUCAGAUUAACGGAGUUCUCGGUCGGCUUCACUGCCCUGCCGAGCCACUACUUCUUUACACAAAAGCCCAGCUUCAUGCAUUCACUUCCUUCGUUUCUCCAGACCCGUUGACAGGGCGUACCAGUACAGAAGAGGCAUUGGCUUGUUUAGAGUCCGCCUCCUCAUUACCGUGGAGACCUCUCGAGUCCAACAUCGUGGAUCUGUUACAAGGAAUCUCCGGGCUCACGCCGGUGCGGGAGUACUAUCCUCCCGGAAAAAAGGUCCAACAGAUGGUGAGGUGGAAUAAGGAACUGACAGUGUCUAUACAGCAUGAAGCGUAUCAGCCAACCAUCGAGUCGAUUCUGAAGAGGUCACAGAGACUUUCUCUCUUCCAACCAGGUAUCCCGCCUCGCGGAAUCAACACUAGCGGGAGUCAAGUAUAUCUGCGAGAUAGAGCUCUUUGGCGCCGCUCUUUGUACGAGCGAUCGGACACAUGGAACGAGGACAAAGUGCAAGAAAUCGUUGAUGAGGUAUAUGUUUCGCGUGCUAGAUAUCGUUCGUCCACGCGGGCGAAGAAUGUGCGUGAGAUUGUCUCCCUGCUCCGAGAACGGCCUUCAGAGAUCGCAACGACGGAUCAUCUCGCCCAUGUCAUACAGCGCUGGAACCACGUCGGGGGCUAUGACGGCAAGUUCAUUCCCUCCACUGUGAAGGCCGCCAUAUCGAUUGACCUUGCGGCCAAUUGGGGUCGCUUGGUUCGGCUUUGCGCUGAGAGUCAAACGCGUGAUGUACACUAUUUGAUGUUCAACCUCGGUCUUAUAGCCUAUUCGCAGAAUGUCAGCAUGACGGCCCUUCGUGUCCUAGCAGCCUUUGUCACUUUGGACGAGCUGAAGAAGAUAAGACUACCCCAGCACGAAGCCUUUGAGCAAGUUCGCGAAAACGUCAAGCCGGGUUCUCGAUUGCUUCUCGAGCUGGUGGAACCAGCGUUGAUCAAGUUUACAGCUCCGACCCCGGUCAAGAGGCCUAAGCAUUCUACCACAUGCUUGAAAGCAGCAACUAUCGCUGAACAUGAAAGGGCCAAGGAAGAACACGAAUCUCAGUGUAAUAGCGAAAGUCAACGCCUCGUGACCUUCAUUCUUUCCCAAUGGCCCUGCUUGGAGCCCUCACUCGAUGGAUUCUCGUCAGAAUUCGUGAACGUGAUGGACGCCCUGGACCUAAUCAAGCCAGUAUGGUCGCGUCGUUACAAGAACAUGCAACUUCUUGCCCAUAUCGAGGAAGUACAAAAGGUAUUGAAUGCCCACGGCAAUCAAAGCGGACACGUGGAGUACUUUGAUUCGCGCUCUGGCAGUCAUCCAAGAGUUGCAGUUGAGCUCGGACGUGACCUGCUCCAUACACCAGGCCCGCCGCUCGCGCAGGCUGAACACCAUCAUCAGAAAUGCGCGAAAAAGAUGCCCCACCAUCCCACCGACCCGCGGAGAAGACGCGAUGAUCGGCCAGUGUCUACUGGAGAGAUUGAUGAACUUGAAAGCAUAGUGAAGAGCAUGAUCAACUCGGACUGUCCUGUGAGAUCCAGAUAUGGUCGAGACUUGCAAGUGAGCAUCCAUGCGCUGAAGGAUAAAGACCAGGAACCGAACAAGUCCCGAUCACCCAAAUUGUCCUACUGGAAAGGGCUCAAGAGAUACAACGAGGAGAUUCGAGAUACGCAGGAUGUGGUGGACUCUCACUAUCGGCAGAUUUGUUCAGCUCUUCUAGCUGGGAAUUCGAGACUGUAUUGGUUGCUGAAAGGCAAUAUCGCACCAUGCAUCACCACGGUCACUAUCUUGCAGCAGCUUAGGGGGUCGCUCGUACGGUUCGGGCCGCGAAUGAAAGAAGCCAUCAUAUCAUACGCGCUCGAGAUCGUCAAGCUACAACGCCUGUUGCGGAUCAGAGAAUUCUUCGCUAGACGUGAUGACAGCCGGCUCGAUCAAGAGUACUGUCAGAAGGACCAUGCGGUGUGGAAUCACAUGAAAUACUCGGACUGGAUUCUCUUUGAAAUCGAUGCGAAUAUGCAGAUACGGCAGGAACAGGUAACGGUUGCUCUUGAAAUGAUCGCUCCAACCUCGGGCUCGAAUUCUGUCCUACAGAUGAACAUGGGACAAGGAAAGACUUCAGUGAUCACGCCGAUGGUGGCAUGCGCGUUGGCCAAUGGCAAGAUUCUCGCUCGGUUGCUCGUGCCAAGUGCGCUUCUCACCCAGACGGCUCAGAUUUUACAGACACAUAUCGGAGGUCUUGCUGGUCGAGAAGUGCUGCAUAUCCCGUUCUCCCGACGAACGCCAACAACGCCGCAAGUGAUAUCAGAGUUUCGGAGAUUACAUGAGAGCACACUUCGUCAAUCCGGUAUCAUCUUGGGUGUUCCCGAACAUGCGUUGUCCUUCAAGUUGAGUGGCCUUCAGCGAGUUUCCGAUGUCAAGAUCGCCGAGGCUACUGAAAUGGUAGCGAUCCAAAAAUGGAUCGAUCGACAUGGCCGGGAUCUUCUCGACGAAUGUGAUUUCACCCUCGCGGUCAAGACACGGCUCAUUUAUCCCAGCGGCUCCCAGCUUGUUGUCGAUGGAUACCCCGAUCGCUGGGAGGUCACGAUGAAUGUGUUAGGGUUGGUCGCGGAUCAUCUACGAGACUUAGCACGGGAGUUCCCGCGCAGCAUUGAUGUGAUCGAAAGGGAAGAUGUCGCAUUUCCGAUCGCAUAUUUGUUGAGAAACGACGUUGAGUUGGCUCUGAUGAAAAGAGUUGUGAACGAUGCUUGUACUGGUCGGGGUGGAAUCUUGCCGAUGCAAGGUCGCGGCGCCGCUGAGAUUGAGGCCGUGCGCAUGUUUCUUUCAGACCCGGCCGUUGAUGACUCGGUCACCGAGAGUCUCCAGCAGAUCUUCGAGGAUAAGCCUCAGACGCUUAAGAGAAUGUAUCUGCUGCGAGGCCUGGUGGUUCAUCAGAUCCUGCUGCUAUGUCUGAAGAAGAGAUGGAAUGUGCAGUACGGCUUGCAUCCUGACCGAGACCCAAUUGCCGUGCCAUUCCAUGCCAAGGGUGUUCCAUCGAACCAAGCGGAGUGGGGUCACCCAGAUGUGGCCAUUCUAUUCAUCUGCCUUGCAUUCUAUCACGAGGGUCUGAGCCAGGAGCAAUGUCGACAGUGCUUGGAGGCUGUUCUCAGAGCGGAUGAUCCGGCUACCGAAUAUGACCGCUGGACGGAGACAUCAGCAAUUAUGCCAGGAAGCUUACGACACUGGAAUCUAAUCAACGUGAACGAUUAUGAUCAGGGUUUUAUGAUCUGGCAGCAUCUACGGUUUUCGACGACGGUGAUCAACUACUAUCUGAAGAACUUUGUCUUUCCUGUGCACGCAAAGCAGUUUGCUAUCAAGCUUCAGAUGUCAGGAUGGGACGUGCCUUAUUUCAGGAACUCUCCCGACACCUCUGACGGUACAACGACUGUAAAACCGGGCCUAACCACCGGCUUUAGUGGGACCAACGACAACCGCAGAUUGCUACCCCUAACGAUGGAACAACAUGAUCUUCCCGAACUGUCGCAUACGAACGCAGAGGUCCUCACCUACCUGCUCCAGAGAAGGAACAGGGAGUAUCGAGCUGCGGUCUUCAAAGGAAAGCGUAUGUCUGAAACAGAGCUGCUGUGUAGCUUGACCAAAACCAAAGUCCGCACCUUGAUUGACGCAGGCGCUUUUGUCCUCGAGAUGGACAAUCUGAGCCUGGUAAAGACAUGGUUGAUGCAUGACAAUGAUACCCAAGCUGCGGUUUACUUUGGGCCGGACAAUCAGCCGCAGGUUUGCUCACGGACAGGAAAGUGUCUACCACUGAUCGCAACUCCGUAUGCGGAUGAUAUGACGGAUUGCUUAAUCUAUCUCGAUCAAGCACAUACUCGAGGUACAGAUCUGAAACUCCCGGCAGAUGCUCGGGGAGCCCUUACCUUGGGUCUCAAUCAGACGAAGGACCAUACUGUGCAGGCAGCCAUGAGGCUCCGACAGCUCGGGACAACGCAGUCUGUGGUUUUUAUCCCACCUCCAGAAGUGCAUUAUAAUAUUCUUGACGUCUGCGGCAAGCACCAGGACGAGCAACUCGACUCCUCCGAUGUUGUGUACUGGCUAUUGCACCAGACCUGUGCCAGUAACAGGGAUCUCGAGCCGCUCUACAAUGCGCAAGGCGUCGACUUCUGUCGCCGUAUUCAGGCCGCUGAAGACUACCCUAACUUCAUUAAGAACCAUCAUCAGCGGAGGUACUACAUGGGGAUCCUGCAGCAGCCCGAGCAGCAGUCUUUGGAGCAACUGUACAAGCCGGAGCCCACCGAUGCGAGCGAUGGAGACUCGGAUUCGUCGAAUGAUUUCACAUAUUCGGGCCGAGCCGCGAACUUCAUUGGAGUUCUGCGACAGCGACGCACGGAAGGCAAAGAUAUCCACCAUUCGGCCAUCGCCAGUUCAGCGCAAGAAGAAGUCGAGCAAGAACGAGAGGUUGCUUACGAGGUUGAAGAAGAGCGGGAGGUUGAGCGUCCUAAGUUGCUGAAGCCGUACAUUUACCCCGGCUUGCAUCAAUCCCUAUCGCAGUUUGGGAAGACUGGUUCCCUCGAGGGUGUGGGGUAUGUGACCGCGGAGAGUAUGAUACUUGCAACUGAACUAGGUGGCAAGUAUAAAGACCAGGUGGGUCCGAGCCUGCCGCAUCUAUACGUAUCGGUGGAGUUCACCAAGACGGUCAAGCUGAAGUCUGGAGAAAACAUGGAUGAACUGACGCGCCCGGUGAACUGGCUACUUUGCAACAUCAAAACUGAGAUGGCAAUUGUGGUCACCCCCGAAGAAGCCGAAGACCUGAUUCCCAUCCUCCGCACUGAGGCAGCACCAUCGAUGCACCUCAUGACCUACGCAGCGCCGGUCACCAAGCGCAUGCAGCACUUCAGCAACCUUGACUACUACACCGUCCCCCCUCUCCCGGUCGCAAACUAUGUGCCCGCCUUCCUGGCGUUCGAGGUUGGCAUCUUCGCUGGAAGACUCUAUUUCGGUCCCCGUGAGUACGAAGAGAUCCUGGACCGCCUGGCUCUCGGAUGGGACGAUGUGGCCGGUAGCGCGGUGACUCCUGCGGAAGGGUCCUCACUCAACAUGGCCUUCCUGCAGGAGUGGCUGGCGUUGAGACGGCAAGGCCAAGAUAUAUCCCAUACGCCGAUGGGCUAUGUUUGUCAAGGCCGGAGGCUGCGUUCCGACCACCCAUUCUUUGUGGAGUCCGAUACCCGCAAGACCACAGACAGUUUCCUCCCUUCGUCUCGGAAGACUGUGAGUUUUGAGGAGCAGGAAGAGUACUCUGAUAGUAACGAGGGAGUGGAGGAUGAGGCGGAACAAAUCGAUCUGGGCGUGGAGGGGAAUGAGGACUUUGAAGAGGAGAUUUAGGGCGCUGCAAGGGUAAGGAUAGGAGGAUUGGAGAAAGCAAUGAGUUUGGUGUUGAGCUUUUGUGGGAGGAUGUCACGGGAGGUGGUCAUGUAUUUGUGGGAGCUUUCAGAGUGGUAUGCUGUUCAUGAUGUCACAUUCUCGUGCCAUCAAUCUACAAUGUCAAGUAUCCCAUUUGUUGAGAUAUGGCUUGGAUUAGAUGCGUGCCUGACAUUCAAUCAUGGUGGUUGGAAACUAGAUGUUGGCAAGAAAGUCCAUAGGACGAAGGAAUUCUGAGAAAUUCAAUGAUGCUUCCG